GAGGGCGAGAUCUUUAAAUAUGGAACAAGACGAGCGCGACGCGGGCAACGUGGAGAUUGUUUCUUCGGCACGGAGAGAGUUCGUGAGCUUGUUGCGUUAUGACUGCUGGAGUGAACGAGUCUACUGUAGUUACUAGAAGCAGCAGCGAAUUAUCUCUGGCUCCAGAUAAACAGAAGUGAGUGUGUGUGUGUGUGUGUGUUCCUGCUUCUACGCAUCCAGACACGCUGAACUUGGAGAGAAUUCGCACUUGCGCAUACUUUGAAAGUGUUUCUGAAGCCCGGACGCACUUUAAUUUGAAUUCAAUUCAGCGGAGGAGGAGAAAGCGCGUCUCCGCGCACAGCACGGUCAGCAUGAGCGACAAAAACAAAGUGGAGGAUGAAGCCAUAGUGGACAGGGGAGCGUCUUACAUCAAAAACAUGUGUGAUGAAGAGGUCGAGGGUCAUCACACAGUUUACAUUGGAGUUCAUGUGCCUAAGAGUUACCGUCGCCGUCGCCGACACAAACGACGAUCCAAUCACAAAGAGAGGAGGGAGCGUUUGGCGGAAAACGGGGGUGACAGAUCAGACACAGAGACUGCAGACGAUUCGUCCUCCAGCAUCCUCAAACCACUCAUUUCAUCUGCUGCAGAGAGGAUUCGCUUUAUUUUGGGGGAAGAUGACAGCGGCCCUCCUCCGCCGCAGCUCUUCACUGAACUCGACGAGCUCCUCGCCGUUGACGGACAAGAGAUGGAGUGGAAGGAAACGGCCAGAUGGAUAAAGUUUGAGGAGAAGGUGGAGAAGGGUGGAGAACGGUGGAGUAAACCUCAUGUAGCCACUCUGUCUCUACACUCACUCUUCCAGCUGAAAAACUGCAUCGAGAAAGGAACAAUCAAGCUGGACAUGGAGGCCAACUCACUUCAGCAGAUCGUCGAAAUCAUCACUGACAGUCAGAUUGAGAGCGGCCAGCUGAAGGCCGAUCUGAAGGAGACGGUCAUUUACACUUUGCUGCGGAAACAUCGCCACCAGACCAAGAAGUCCAACCUGCGUUCGCUGGCAGACAUUGGCAAAAGCGUGUCGAGUGCAAGUCGUCUGUUCGGGAGCCAGGAGAACGCGCGCAGUCCUCUCGAUCACUCUGUGCCUUGCUUUGCCAACUUUGAUCCCGACGAGCAAAUUCAGAUGCAGAGAAGCAACAGCAUGGGACUUCUCUGUAGUCCGACCACGGCCCAUCGUAACCUGACCUCCAACAGCCUGAACGAUCUCUCAGUCAAACCCGAGAAAGACCAGUUGCAUAAUAAGUUCAUGAAGAAGGUUCCCCGGGAUGCAGAAGCAUCAAAUGUUCUGGUCGGCGAGGUGGACUUUCUGGACGCUCCCUUCGUGGCGUUUGUGCGUCUUCAGCAGGCCGUCAUGUUAGGAGGACUCACUGAGGUUCCUGUUCCCACACGCUUCCUUUUUAUUCUGCUGGGGCCCAAAGGAAAGGCCAAAUCAUACCAUGAGAUCGGACGUGCCAUCGCCACGCUCAUGUCUGAUGAGGUGUUUCAUGACAUAGCUUAUAAAGCGAAAGACCGCGCUGACCUGCUGGCAGGCAUUGAUGAGUUCCUGGAUGAAGUCAUUGUGCUUCCUCCCGGAGAAUGGGACCCUGAUAUCAGGAUUGAACCUCCUAAGUCCAUCCCGUCUGCAGAUAAACGUAAAAACUUUAUUGCUGGAGGGGAAGGUGUUCAGAUGAACGGCGAAACUCCUCAUGAUGGGAGUCCAGGAGGCGGCGGUGGCCACGCGGUUGGUGAUGAACUCAAAUUUACCGGCAGGUUUUGCGGCGGCCUCGUUCUGGACGUCAAGAGGAAGCUCCCGUUUUACGCGAGCGACUUUUACGACGCUCUCAACAUUCAGUCUCUGUCUGCCACCCUGUUCAUUUACCUGGGAACCGUGACAAACGCCAUCACCUUCGGAGGGCUGCUGGGAGACGCCACUGACAACAUGCAGGGUGUGUUGGAGAGUUUCGUCGGGACGGCGUUGGCCGGUGCUGUGUUCUGUCUGUUCGCGGGUCAACCUCUGACGAUCCUGAGCAGCACCGGACCCGUGCUCGUCUUUGAGCGACUGCUCUUUAACUUCAGCAAGGAUAAUGAUUUCGACUAUCUGGAGUUCCGGCUGUGGAUCGGUCUGUGGUCUGCUUUCUUGUGUCUGGUGCUGGUGGCCACAGACGCCAGUUUCCUGGUGCAGUACUUCACCCGCUUCACAGAGGAGGGCUUUUCUGCUCUCAUCAGCUUCAUCUUCAUCUACGACGCUUUUAAGAAGAUGCUCAAACUGGCUCACCAUCAUCCAAUCAACACAGACUUCAACAUGGACCUGGUCACGCAGUACGGAUGCCACUGCACUCCUCCAGACGGCAAUGCUUCAUCUCUGUACAUGGAGAAAAUGGAGGACCUGAUGAACAGCACAGGACAGCAACAUCUGAACGCGACCUGGGCGUCUUUGACACGUUCUGAGUGUUUGGAGUGGGGCGGUCAGCUGGUGGGCCCGGCGUGUGAAUACGUCCCUGAUAUCACACUGAUGUCCUUCAUUCUGUUCUUCGGCACAUACACCUGCUCCAUGGGUCUGAAGAAGUUCAAAACCAGCCGAUUUUUCCCAACUACGGUCCGCAAACUGAUCAGUGAUUUCGCCAUUAUUCUGGCCAUCUUCAUCUUCUGUGGUGUGGACGCGCUGGUCGGUGUGGAUACACCCAAACUAAUAGUGCCAAGUGAAUUCAAGCCGACGAGUCCAAAUCGUGGUUGGUUUGUUCCACCGUUUGGAGGAAACCCGUGGUGGGUUUGCCUGGCGUCACUCUUACCUGCUCUCCUCGUCACCAUCCUCCUCUUCAUGGACCAGCAGAUCACAGCCGUCAUCGUCAACCGCAAGGAGCACAAGCUCAAGAAGGGAGCCGGGUAUCACCUGGACCUGUUCUGGGUCUCCAUUCUCAUGAUCGUGUGUUCGUUCAUGGGUCUACCGUGGUACGUGGCGGCCACCGUCAUCUCCAUCGCACACAUAGACUCCCUCAAGAUGGAAACUGAGACCUCGGCACCUGGAGAACAGCCCAAAUUCCUCGGAGUCAGAGAGCAGAGAGUCACAGGAACAAUGGUGUUUAUUUUGACGGGUCUGUCGGUCUUCAUGGCUCCCAUUCUGAAGUUCAUCCCUAUGCCCGUCCUGUACGGUGUGUUCCUCUACAUGGGUGUCGCCUCUCUCAAUGGUGUCCAGUUUAUGGAUCGUCUGCAGCUCUUGUUGAUGCCAGCAAAACACCAACCAGAUCUGAUCUACCUGAGAUACGUACCGCUGAGACGGGUUCACUUCUUCACCUUCAUACAGGUGCUGUGUUUGGCUCUCCUGUGGGUGUUGAAGUCAACAGUAGCAGCCAUCAUAUUUCCUGUGAUGAUUCUUGCAUUAGUCGCCUUGAGAAAGGCCAUGGAUUAUGUGUUCUCGCAGCACGAUCUCAGUUACCUGGAUGACGUCAUGCCCGAGAAAGACAAGAAGAAGAAAGAGGACGAGAAGAAGAAGAAAAAGAAAGGAAGCAUUGACAGUGACAUGAACGACUCGGAUUUCCCAGCCAUUGAGAACGUUCCCAGCAUAAAGAUCUCAAUGGAGACCAUGGAACUGGAGACAGUGCUGGGGGAGAAGCCCUCAGACCGAAAGCCCUUGUCCUUACUCACUCCCUGCUGAUGGAAAACAAUUUUUCCUUUCCAAGACUGUGUCAAGUCAGGAUUUAAACCCCUUUAAGAAGAUGGUGCCUCAGAUCAGAAUUGAUUUGGACACCGACAACAACAGAUUCUUCUGGAAAACGUCCUCCGAAACGUCCCUUUAAACACUCCUGAAAACACUAUUAGGUCCAGAUGAUGGUUUGGUCAUUCAGCUAAACAAAAUCAACUUUGCUAGAAUGUUUCUAUUUAAAGUCCAAAAAGAAAGGACAAGUGGUAUUUAAACACUACAACCAAUAGCUGCACAAACAAACUUUACCAAAGAGUUAUUUUUUAAAAACUUUAUUGAGUUUUUUAGCUCCUCAAUAUGUUCUUCUGACGUUUUGGUUACGUUACUGUUGCAAAGUUGGGGGGAAAAAGUAUUUUUGUUAUUGAUUUAUUUUUUUUGGUUCUGGGUCCAGACUGAUUUUUUCCCCCGUUAAUUAUUUUUACAUUUUUAUAACCAUAUUUUAUUAAACCGAAAGCAUAUCAGAAUUAUGUCAUAAUCAAUCUUAAUAUUGUAGAAACAAAUAAGGUAUAAAACAAAACAAACUUGAGGUUUGAGUUUUCUUUUGGCCAAAUAACUGCACUUCAUUCAAAGGAACAUUAUCAAUGAACAUAAUUCUGUUUUCUAUGGAAGCUACAGAAUUUAAAAAAUAGAAACUGUCAUUGCAAAUUAUUUCACUAUUCUUUUUUUCCUUCAAUCCUGAGAUUUAAACUUAAAAUUCUCAGAGAAAAGUCAGAAUUGUGAGAUAUAAACUUUUUUCUUGAAAUUCAGAGUUUAUAGUUUACAAUUGUGACUUUUAUUCUCAGAAUUCAGUUUAAAUCUCGCAAUUCUGAGAAAAUAAUGUCAGAUUUGUGAGAUUUUAAAGAAAAUCAGCAACAUGAGCUAAAAUACUGCAAUUACCUUUUAUUUAUUGCAUAAAAGGGCCAUAGUUUCCAUAGUUUUCUUUGAUUCUUUGUUGCUGUUUUUUUUCUCUGAAAACUCAAACCUUUAGUCUUUUAGAAGUGAAUUUAAGUGUGUAUUACUACUUAACCACAAUGGUGGCCGUAACUUUCCCAAUAUGGGAAACUCUGGUUUUAAAGACAGACAAUCGUUCCCGUUCUUAACAAGACACUUCAGAAAGUGGGAAACACUCGAUAUGAAUAUUAUUUUCUAGUUCUACCUCUUAUGAUGGACAGUAGGUGCCAGGCACUCUUGUGUUUGAGUGAAGCAUUUCUCUAUGCAGUAUGAAACGGUUGUCAACGGCUAUCUUAAAGUCACGUGACGGGAAGACCGGGAACCGCGCUGGAUGUUCUUGACUAUGAAAUUCCCUCUGCCCUU